CAAAGGUUCCGGAUGGUGAUCUUGUUACAAACACAGGAACUGCUGAAGGUUCCGCUUUAUCAUGAGAGAACUCCGACCCUGUCAUACACGUAGCUAAUAAAGAUAAGGAGGGCGCUAUGUUGGUCAUAUUGAACGGAGUGUCGAAGCUUUGAACCAUCUUGAGUGAAGUGCCCGGCUCCCAUUCAAAGACAUGGCAGAGCACGUCACCGAUCAGCACACACCAGAUUUUACAGCAAAAGAAGUCAACAGUCAACGAGAGUCACCAAAUAUGGAUCAUGUCCCUGAAAGUGACAAGAACAAACUGGAAGAUGCCGGUGAUGCUCGAAAUGAAAAGCAGAAGCACACAGAAGACCCUAAAAAUGAUAAGGCCGAAGACAAGAACCAGCCUGAUGUUCAAAAUUCGGCUUCAUCAUCUCUGUCCCCGCACAAAGAGGCUGAAAAUAACAAUGGUGAAGAAGAGGAGCAGGCUGUUGACAAAAAGGCUGAAACUGACCAUGGUGAAGACAAGGAGGAGGAUGAAAACGAUCCUUUGUCUCCAGUGCCAACACAACAGCAGAGAAGUGAGGAUAACCAAGAAAAUGGAUCCAAUGUAACUGAAGAAACUUCAAACACGUACAACACAGACACAAACACAGAGGCUGAAAAUAACAGUGGUGAAGAAGAGGAGCAGGCUGUUGUCAAAAGUGAUGAAAGUGGUCCGUAUAUACAGAAGAACGAAACCUCCUCACAGGGAGGAACGCCACAAAUCUCAGAUAAGGUUGAAACAGUUGGCCCUACCACUCAGGAGACUAUUGAACCUCCAGAUCCAGUGGAUACUAGAAGUCCUGGAGGAAUUAUCGGAUACCUGAGUGUGGUUAUGGUUAUUGUUGCCAUCGUGGGAGCAGCUGCUAUUAACCAUUUCUACCAACCUGAGUCUCCACCUCAGAUUGAAAUUUGGAGACCAACAGUUCAAUUCCUCAAGGAGAUGGAUAAAUUAAAGACCAGGUUCCCUAACCAGCGUGCUGAGCUUUGGAAUAGGAGCAGGAUCCACCUGAUGAGGCACCUCCAGACAGCCCACCCCACAGAGCCAGUCAGUUUGAUCUUGACUGCGGGCGUCAGAGCCGAGAAGACACUGCACUGCCUGGCUCAGGGGUUUGCCUCCGCCUUCUCGUCUGCCUUCAACGCCUCAGUCCUUGACAUCGAUGGAGCCAGUAAAGCUAGCCAGGACAGCGACGAGGUCAAAUUGGACAUUGACAGGAAGUUGCAGGGAGCUUUCGAAGGAAACACACCUGUGGCCAUCAUCCAUCGCUUUGAAGAGCUGCCCCCAGGCUCCACCCUUAUUUUUUAUCGCUACUGCGACCACGAGAACGCCGCCUACAAGAAGACAUUUCUGAUCUUCACAGUGCUGCUGGGGGAAGAAAAGGAGAUUCCUGCCGAGAGUCAUCUGAGUGCUGUGGAGGAGAUGGUGGACGACCACCUUCAGAAUAAGUUUCUCUCUCAUGACCACCCUGUGUCUUUUGACAGGAUGGACCUUGACAAGUACGGUGGACUGUGGAGUCGUAUUUCUCACCUCAUCCUGCCUGUCACGACAGAAGAAAGGAUAGGACAUGAAGGAUGCGAAUAUAAUAGGACAUGAAUAAUCAAUCUAAUUUUAACAUUUAGCCCAAACUCUAAACUCACCACCUGUCUAUCAGCUUGCUCACUGGGAGACUUACUGUUUUCACUCUGAGUUUCAAAGUUUUCUUGGGCACAGACUCUGAACCUCACUACAUAUGAAGGCAUCAGGUAGACCCUUAGGGAUUAGUAAGGUUGGGCUAUUGGGUAUUUGCAAACUUUUAUUUGGACUUUUAUCGUGUAAAAAUAUUUAAGAUAAAGGGAGCGAGACUCUCUUGUUUUAAUACUUUGAUUAAAUGUAAUUUUAGACAAAUUGCAAAGUAAAAGAACGAUUCAACUGGGGGUUUGUGGAUUUUACAGUGUAUGUGCAAUUUUGAUUGAAACUACUUCAGAUUGUGCAAAUUUUAAAAGUUAUUUAAUGUAAGAUUGUUCUCCUAUGGAUAAUGAUACAGAUAUGUGCGAUGUUCUUCUAUGGAUAAUGAUACAGAUAUGUAUGAUGUAUAGGCCAGACCUAUUCUUUUGGUAUCACAACACAGGGAUUAUUAUUUUUAAUGACAAAUGUCCAUCUCCAAUCUACACGGCACCACACGCCUUAACUGAUAUUACCAUGCUCCAUUUUUAAAUACAUGUAUCACACUAAAGGAACACGUUUGAUUAAAGAUAUGUGCAUAAAUUGAAUGUGCCUUAAAGUACAAAUAAACAAGUAAAUUACUGUA